AUGAACUCUCUACUUUUCAUCGUCUGCGUCGCUUUCAAAUUUGCUCUGGCAGAUGUCUUCGUGUUUGACCUUCACCCGCCUUCGAGCCCAUCCACUUGUAUGGGCUUUGUCAACUCGAGCAUCAACGCCCCCAGCACGCUCACCCCGUGCUUCACCUCCCUCCCAACCCGGCCGAACCCGCCCACCCAAGGCUUCUUCGCGAUCUACCCCACAUCUGUCGCCCAGUCCGGGGACUUUGGUUCAGUCGCGGUCAACAUGGUCACCAGCUCGAGCACAAACCUCUGUCUGACCGUCCCCGGCGGCAACAUCGACGACAACGUGCAAGUCCAGGCGCAGACAUGCCUCAGCCCGGCCAAGAAUCGGCAGUUGUGGCGGAUGCUCAACGGUCCGUCGUCAAACACGGUCAUCAUCCAAUGGGACGCGCAGGGCAAGUGUCUGACCAAAGCAGGAACAACGGUCACAACGGUGGACUGCAACGGCUCCACCUCUCAGGUUUGGGCAGUCACAUUUGGGGUUACGCGUUAA